GUGUGUACCAACGUUGUGGAUAUCUCGAUAUGGAACCGUCAUAUCAACUUGUUGCAGGGGAUGAGCCGAAUGCCAAUUCGCGAAAGCGCCCAUUCCAAAACCCUAACUUGACGACUUCAACCAGUUACAAGAUUACCUCGGCACUUCAGUAUUUUCAUCCAUUUGCUUUUUUUAGCCUACUUGGAAUAUGUUUGUUGGAAGCCUCGACAAUUCUCUUUCUAGUGAGAUCGUACUCGGAUGCGUCCCAGCCUUGGCCAGCAUCCCCCGUUCCGCCGAUACCAUGGAUUUCCCGCAACUUCACCCGAACUGCCACCAUGACUAACCUGACGAGCGUUGCUGAAGUGGAGGCUGCCUGGGGUGCCUACGAAACGACGGCAUUUGUGCAUGUGCAAAGGCCAGAGCUAUAUUCCUUACCACCGAAUAAAGAUGUCCUGGCAGGGACGGCGAAUGUCUACAUGCUUAGCGUGCAUCACCAACUGCAUUGUCUGAAACAGCUUCACGUGGCGACUCUACAUUUUCCGGGUGGAAAUGGACAACAGAAUCACGCGGAGGACUCGGAGUCGGUACGCCACAUGGAGCAUUGCGUUGAUUAUCUGCGGCAAGCGAUCCUCUGCGCCGGGGAUGCAACACUCGAGGGCCCAGAUCCAGGGAAAAGAACUCUAAGUGGAUAUGGAACUACACAUCAAUGCCGCAAGUGGGAUGGGUUGAAUGGACUGGAGACCUGGAGAUUGUUGAACAGUCCCCAGAACCCAUAGUGUAGAAUUAAGCCUGAUGUCUUGCAGUGGUACCCUCCCAUGACUUUCUAUCUGAUUGAUACAUGCAAC